AAACAAUGAAAAUAAAUAGUAAAAGAGGCAUUAUGAAGAAAUUAAAGAAACCAGAGGCGAAGAAAAAGAAACAUUUAAGUAAAGUAACUACAGACGAUUUUUUUAAUCAAGAUUUUGAGGGUGACAUAAACACUGACAGCAACAAUGAGAAUAACAACAAGGACAUUAAUGAUGAAGGAAGUAGUGAUGAUGAUGUAGAUCCAGCCCAACAUAAGAAGUCGUUAAUGAGAUUGAAGAAAACGGAUCCAGAAUUUUAUACAUAUUUAAAGGAAAAUGAUAAAAAUCUUUUAGAAUUCAAUGUAUCGGACGAUGACAAUGAUGACAAUGAUGAUAAAGAUACAGAGAAAAUACAUAUACCUAAUACUGAUCUAGAAGUUGCCAGUGAUGAAAGUGAUUACGAAGCAAAUGAUGCCAAAGCAGCAACAGAUGGAAGAAAAGUUACAUUACAGUUGUUAAAAAGAUGGCAGGAAGAAAUUCAAAAAGACAAAUCUCCGAAUACUAUCAAAUGUGUCGUUGAAGCUUUCCAUGCUGCAUUAGAGACAGUAUCCGAAUCUUCUGAUCCAGAUCACCUGCAAUAUAAAGUAGAGGGAGGAGUUGUGUUCAAUGGAGUGGUCCAGUUGUGUAUAAUGUAUUUACCGGAUGCAUUUAAGCGAUUUUUGAAUUUGGGACCAGAAACUCAAUUUCAAGCUCACAAGACUAAAAGAUUCGUAAAAAUAAAGGGUAUUUUAAAGUCGUAUUUAACCGAUUUAAUCAAGAUUUUAGAAAAUGUGACGUCGUCCAACAUACUCUCGGUGCUUUUAAAACAUUUACAUCAAAUGUUGCCUUACACACAGUCAUUUUCCACGUUGACUAAACCGUUGUUAAAAACUUUACUUAAUAUUUGGUCAACCAGUGAAGAAACUGUUCGUGUUGUCGCUUUUUUGAGUAUAUUGCGAAUAGCAACCACUAAUAAAGAAUCGGUGUUAGAAAUGUUGUUCAAGGCAAUGUACGUAAAAUACGUCGAGAAUUCAAAAUUUGUAUCGUUUACAACAUUAUCUGGAAUCAACUUUAUGAGACAUUGUUUGACUGAAAUAUAUUUGCUUGACGAUAAUCUAGCUUAUACGCAUGCAUUUUUGUACAUUAGGCAAAUGGCCAUUCAUUUACGAAAUGCUAUGACGUUAAAGAAGAAGGAAAAUUUCCAAGCUGUGUAUAACUGGCAAUUUAUAAAUUCAUUACGGUUCUGGUCAGAUUUAGUUAAAGCGUCAAAAAGCGAUUCCAUGUUACGUUCUCUUCUAUAUCCGCUUGUACAAAUUAUUACGGGUACAAUCAAAGUAAUACCAACCCAACAGUAUUACCCGCUCAGAUUUCAUUGUUUACAAAUGUUAACAGACAUUUCCAAGGGAACUGGAUUGUUUAUACCUAUACUACCUUUCUUACUGGAGAUAUUAAACUCCUACGAUUUCAAUAAGAAACACAAAGCCGUUUCCAUGAAGCCCGUACCAUUUAUUUGCAUAUUAAGGUUGUCAAAGUCGCAGUUACUAGAGAAUGGUUUUAAAGAUAACGUUAUCGACAGUAUAUAUAAACUCAUUUUGGAAAAUGCAGCGAAUGACAGUCACGCAAUAUACUUUCCAGAUUUGUACAUACCAUGCAUAAUUCAGUUAAAAUCGUUCUUAAAGAAAUGCCACAUUGCAAAUUACUGUAGGAAAAUGAAACAAUUACUAGACAAAAUCGAGGAGAACAGAAAAUACAUCGAAAAAGAGCGCAGUAAAACAGUAGUCGACUUGAAAAACAUGCAAGAGGUAAAAAAUUGGGAGAACAACAUCAAAACGCAGGAGACAUCGUUAUCGAAGUUUUACGAGUCGUGGAUCAAGAUUUACCAAUCUCAAAAGUUGAAAAUGCUCACGAAAAACGAGGACACAGCCGAGUACAAUAUACCUACCUUGAAAAAGCUAAAGCGACCAAAGUCGACUGAAAAAUUCCUAGAAGAGAGCGACGAUGAAAGUGACUUUGAGAUGCGUAUAAAGUCUAACGACGGAAAAUCGGAGGACGAAUCGGAGAAGGCUAAAAAACCUUCUAAGUCGAAGAAAAAGAAGAAAACGAAGACCAGCGCCCGUAGCACGUCCGCGGGCGACGUUGCUUUGCCGACGGAAAAGAUGGACAUCGUUCAAGACAUGAGCAGCGCCGAUUGGGACUAAAUGUAGUCAUUAAAACAGGAUGUUAACGUCAAUAUGCGAGAUCACUGUUUUUUGUACAGCAAUUACGGUUAGCGGAAUAAAGAUAAGACAUUAAUUAUAGAAAA